AUGUACUUCUCCAACAUCAUCGUCAGCGCUCUUGCCGCUCAGGCCUUCUCUCGUGAUGGCCAAGUUCCUAGUGCUGGAAAGUUCGCAGCCUUGAUGGUUGCUGGUGCCAUUCCAGGAAGCGCUCUGCCAGUCUUCACCACUCUUGAGACCCGAGAGCCUCACCACCAAGGUGGCCAGAACAACCAGGGCAACCAAGGCCAGCAAGGAAACCAGGCCGCUCAAGCGAACCAAGACCAGAACCAGAACCAGAACCAGAACCAGAACGGUAAUAACAACAACGACAAUGGAUGCAAUGCCAAGCGCGACGAGGAACUUGUCGCCCGUCACCACCAGGGAGAACAGAACAACGGCGGCAACGCUAAUGCCAAUGCCAACAACAACUGCAAUGGCAACGGUAAUAACAAGCGAGAUGAGGAACUCGUUGCCCGCCACCACCAAGGAGCUAAGAACCGAGGUGGACGCAAGAACAACAACAAGAGAGAUCUUGAGGUCAGACACCACCAAGGUGCUAAGAACAAGGGUGGCAGGAACAGGGGCAACAACAAGCGUGAUGAGGAGCUCUUCGUUCGACACCACCAGGGCGCCAAGAACAGGGGAGGAAGAAAGAACAACAACAAGCGAGACCUCGAGGUCAGACACCACCAGGGAGGUCAGAACAACGGUGGUAACAACAACGCUGCCGCUGCCAAUGGAAACCAGGGAAACAACAACAACGCUCAGAACAACAACGGACAGAACAACGCUGGUAACAACGGUAACAACAACGCUCAGAACGCCCAGAACAACAACAAUGGACAGAACAAUGCCCAGGGCGGUCAGAACAACAAUGGCUGCAACAGCAAGCGGGACUUGGAAGCCCGUCACCACCAAGGAGGACAGAACAACGGUGGCAAUGCUAAUGCUAAUGCUAAUGGCUGCAACAACUAA